CUAAAAUCCACCAAAGGGGGGCUAAAGUCACCAGAGAGAGGCUAAAGGCCACCAAUGGGGAUCUAAAGGCCACCAAUGGGGAUCUAAAGGCUACUGGGGGGUCCGGUGGGGGGACUGAAGGCCACCACCAAGAGACUAAAAGCCACUAAAGAGGGGCUAAAGCCACCAAGAUGAUGCUGAUACAGUGGGAAGGAGUGAGGAAAGGGACUGGGGUGCCAACAGGGUGUGGAUAUUAUUCCAUCUUCCAAGGCUGCUGUCCGGGUCAGAGCACCUAUCCCAGAGCCCUGGUGGUCUGUGAUAUAAUGAUAUUGUUGGGGCUGCAGUGGGGCAGGGAGGGUCCAAAUGGGAAGGAAUAUCCCAUUUCACUGCUCACUAAGGACAAGUGUGUCCCCAGCAGGCUCAGUGCCCACUGCAUGGCUUGGGGACAGCGUGGACAUCCGGAGGAGGGACAGGAAAGUGUGACCGGCAGCGUGCAAUGAGGGAAAGGCAGGAUCCACCCGGACAGCCCCAUAAAAACCUCCUGUAUCCGGGCUGAGGAGGUCACACAACGGGACCGCAGGCUUUGGGGACGUAUUGGUAACCACCACCAGUGGGGUUGGGUGGCUUUGGCAGGUGGCUCUGCCCCGGGAAGGGGAGGAGGCUGCGGCACUCCCAACCUGGCUGGCGGCCGCGAUGCUCCAGUCCCAGCUCAACCCAGCGGCCGUGAAGGCAGUGAGGGCACCCGGCUCACCUGACGCUUCCACCCCACACAGGCUUGGUGAGGAGAUGGAGGAGGACAACAGGACGGAGCCGUGGCACCGCAGCCUCCAAGCAAUGCUGGAUGCUUUGAACCAAACCCUACACGGGGCCGUCCUCCACCCCAGAACCCCACACAACACCAGCACCCGCACCGGCCGGGACGACAACGCCUACCUGUACAUCCUCUUCGUCAUGACACUCUUUGCUGCCACCGUGGGCAGCCUCAUCCUGGGCUACACCCGGUCCCGAAAGGUGGAGAAGCGCAGCGAUCCGUACCACGUCUACAUCAAGAACAGGGUCUCCAUGAUCUGAACCCGCUGCCUCCUGCAGAAAGAAACCCCGCGGUGCUGAGCCCUGGAGUGGGGCAGGAGCACCGGUGUCACCUGCGGGCAGGUCCUGGUGCCACGGAACCACUGAAGCUGGGGACGUGGGGGUGGUGGAGAUGUCUGCUUUCCUGCUGUUCUCAUGACUUACUGAGGCUGGCACGGGUUGUAAAGGAGGAAAAUUCCCUGCUCAGAGCAGCCAGCAUCACCUCCGAAGCACUCUCUGCGCUGCUUAGUGUGGGUUUUUCUGGGGCUAAAAGCUGUGAUUUCAGAGCCAGGCUGAGCCCCGCUUCACUGGUGGGGAAUUAAAGGAGGUGGUGGUUCUUGA